UUUUGUUACUUGUAGGUAUUUUUAGAAAGAAUCCGAGAAUGGCAGCCGUAAUCCCCGCAGUUACGAGGUUAUCAAGCAGAAUAAUAAGGAUUCUAGGAUGCAAUCCUGGGCCUAUGACACUACAGGGAACUAAUACCUAUUUAUUGGGAACAGGGAAAAACCGCAUUUUGCUUGAUACAGGUGACAAAGACAUAAAAGAUUACCAGGAGCACCUCACCAGUGUAAUAUCCUCAGAAAAGAUUAACAUUGAGCAUAUAGUAGUAACACAUUGGCAUCAUGACCACAUUGGGGGCGUGGAAGACUUGUAUGGCACUAUUGCAAAAAGUCCAAAGAUCUGGAAGCACAGAAGAGACCCCACAGACAUGCCAGACAGCCAACUGCCCAACACAAUUCCACUGAAUUGGCUCACUGAUGGCCAGGAGCUGUCGGUUGAGGGCGCCACUGUCAAAGUGCACCAUACACCAGGUCACACUACGGACCAUGUGGUGCUAACUCUACAAGAAGAGAACAUACUGUUCAGCGGAGACUGUAUCCUGGGGGAGGGUACGGCCGUAUUUGAGGAUCUCUACUCUUAUAUGAAGAGUCUGCAGAGGAUAUUGGAUCUGAAACCAGCAGUCAUCUAUCCUGGCCAUGGAAAUGUUGUUCAGGACCCCAUAGAGAAAAUAGAAUACUACAUAGAGCACAGAAACAAACGAGAGAAACAAAUACUAGACACAUUAGAGAAGAAUAUAGACAAGCAACUUAAUGAGAUGGAUUUGGUUAAGAUAAUAUACACGGAGACACCAGAACACUUGUGGCCGGCAGCUGCUUACAAUGUGAACCAUCAUCUCACUAAGUUAACUAAAGAGAAUAAAGUUAAAUGUGUAGCAGUUGACGGUGAGAGUAGGUGGCAGUUUGUUGCUUCUAAGAGUAACUUGUAAUCUAUAGAAAGUUUAUCAAAGAAAGUAUGUGAGAUUAAAGAUAUAAAUAGUAUUUUUGAAGUGAUAACUUCUUAUGAGAGGGUAAAACAGGUAAGGUAAGUUAAAUUGCGGCCAAACACUAGGAAACCAUAAACUGGAUCGAAGGUAACCUAAUAGUUAAAUUAAGCAUAAAAUAAGCUUCCAUUUGACAUAUUAGACGAUUAAAUAACUGAUGAGGUUAUAUAAACUUUUAUAACACAUUUGCUCGUAAAGUAUCAUCUUAUUUCACCAAUUUCAUUCAAUACCUAUCGUAAUGUAUUACACAUAACACACAUGUGCUGUAAUGUAAUGUAAAAUGCACAUGUGUAAUAUAAAACCUUUAUCAUCAGUCUAAAAACGAACAGUACUUUUUUAAAUAUUACCAAAGAGAUUUUAUGUAAGAAAAGUGCUCAACAUUUUAUGAAUAAAAUUAACAUUGUGAGGAAAAAUAUAUUUACUAUUUCAAUUCUUUUGGGUAUAUUGUUAAUUUUUUUUAAUAAUAUUUGUCAUAUCUUUUAAAUAUGACCAACUAGCGGACGCCCGCGACUUCGUCCGCGUGGAAUUUAGUGUUUCACAAAUCCCUCGGAACCAUGGAUUUUUCCGGGAUAAAAAGUAGUCUAUGUGUUAAAUACAGGCAAUAAUAUAUCUUAAUACCAAAUUUCAGCUAAUUCGGUUCAGUAUUUGAGGCGUGAAAGAGUAACAAAAAUUCAUAUCGUCAAAAUCAUCAGUUUUCGCAAAUCUCGGGAAACCAUGGAUUUUUUCGCGAUAAAAAGUCUAUGUGUUAAUCCAGAGUAAAAUCUAUUUCCAUUGCAAAUUUCAGCUAAAUCGCUUCAGUAGUAGCGGCGUUAUAGAGUAACAAACAUCCAAACAUCCAUACAAACUUUACUUAUAAUAUUAGUAGGAUAUUCCUGUUCUUGUCUAACUAUUCGGAAAAUUUCAAAACAGCCCAUUAUUUAACUACAUUCUUGUAUAAACAUCAUAUUAUCAUCUCCAUAUAUUUUUAACCGACUUCCAAAAAGAAGGAGGUUUUACGUUCGGCUGUGUUUUUUUUUAUGUAUGUUCAGCGAUAAUUCCGUCAUUUAUGGACCGAUUUUGAUAAUUCUUUUUUCGUUUUGAAGGAUUUUAAUAUGUGAGUUUACCUGGGUCCUUUGUAUUGGCAGGUGGGCAUUCUCCUUUACCCAUUCUUAUACCGUCUACUGUUAAUAUUCUCCAAUUAUAAUAAUUUUUUUAGGUUUAAACAUUUAAAACAACUCGUAUUAUCUUAAUUAGCCUAAUUUUCGAGUUUAUUGAUAGGAGGAUAAUAAUUAUAUUACCUACAUAAUGCAUUGGUUAUGGGUCAUCAAUUAGUAAUCUGGGCAUAAAUAAAUAAAGGAAAUGGUCCAUAUUAGAGCAAUCAUACAUUAAUAAUUUUAUAGUUAAAAUUUUAGGUGUACAGAAAUUUAAUUCUUCAUUUCUGGGUGAUAGCUAUAAAUAUAUAACAAUUGUGAUGUAUAAUAUCUAAUAUUUAUUAAAGAUACUGUUAAACAGAUAAUUGUUAUUGCAAAGUAAAAUUUUAUAUUCUGUUAAUAAAAUUUUGAAUAUAUUUUAAUGGACUUUUAUUUAUCAACUAUGGAAAGAAUUUUUUUAUCCUUUUUCGAGCUAAGUAACAUUGAAACACAAAAUUCAUCACAAUAAAUGGUUUACUUUUGUUUAUCCAAAAUUUUUGAUUGAUUUAUAUUAUUAAUUCACAUUGACGGUAAAAAUGAAACAGAACAAUGUACUUAGAUCACAAAACUUUUAUUUUACAUUCAACAUAAUUAUUAACAAAUUAUCAUAAUUAUUAAAAUAAUCCUAUACAUACAACUAAAAAAUUGUAUUGGUACUUAAUUAAUGAUCCUAUCUACCUACUUAAAAUUAGAGUGUAAGUAAUUGAGUUAAUUACAAAAUCAUGUAAAUUGUAUCUGUGUGCUAAUUUCAAAGCUCUAGGAACACAAUCCCAAUUCCCAUCUGAAAUUAGAUUUUCUAAAAAUUUCUAGAGAAAGUU